AGUCACGUGACCCCGCCCGGUGCACACCCGUCCGAGGCCUACUCUGCCGACCGUCGUAAAGAGAUCACUACCGACUACCUUGAAAACUGCCGCGAUGAUGUCGGAGGCGGGCACGGCCGGGCCGGGCCUCGGCAGCCCGAGCCCGGGCAACCCGGUGUUCACGGUGCGCGCCGGGGCCGCGCCGCCCGCCUCCUCGCUCUACCGCACCACGGCGCACGACUACGGCGCCCUGAGCCCCGGGCCCGAGGCGGCGCCGUGCGUGCACCGCCCCGCGUCGCAGCGCUUCUCGCGGCACCUCGGGGAGUGCGGGAUGCCCCGCGACCGGGCCCUCAACACGACCCUGGACCGCAGCCGCGUCAUCGACCACCCCAACUUCCAGCACACGCUCUGAGGCCUCCUGGGGCCAGGGGUUGGGCGACGUGGGUCUGAGUCAUGAGUAGGGGCGCCACCUUUUCCACGAACUAAAUUCAGACAUGUCUCAGUCAGCCUAAGCAUAUCCAAACUGUAUAGUAUACUGUAAUACAAAUGCCAAUUACCGGACUGUCUGGGUUUGACCCAUACAGGUGGCAAGCCUAGUCAUGGGGUUGGAUAACUUUGUGUUUGGGUCAGCUUGUGCCUGGUCUUGGAGCUAGUGGCUGGUUGCAUACAACUCUUUUGGUAACUUUUUUUGCCCUCUGCUGCCCACCACAUAGCUCCGAAGCUUAGUGCUUGGAUGGGCUACCACCAUGCAUCAUAGGUGAUAUAGGCGGCUGCUGUGCUACGUAGUGGGCAAUGCAGCAAGAUCAACGUGACAGCAUAUAGCACAUGUUGGUCGUCCAUCCAUGCACUAAGCAAGCUUAUCCCAUGUUUAGUACUUUUGCAGCCCGUUUUGCCAAUCCACUUCUGGAUCAUAAUGUUCUCAUCUUGAAUGCAACAUGCUUUGCAAAUAUAUUUUCAGCACCACUGUUGUGAUUUUCUCAAAUGCACCAAUGGAGUUCACUGAGAGAUGAGUGUUUAUGCUGCAAACUGUAAGGCAUAUAAUACUCUCCUCAUCUGAAUAAAAAAAUUGUAAAUCGAUUAUAUGGUAAUUUUCAACACUAAGUCAAUAGUCAAUAUUAAUCAUUCGUUCAUGCUAUGCCAUGAAAUCCAGUGGUUUAGACAACAUAGAACUGUAAUGCACAAAUAUAACUCAUGUUAUCUGUGACAUACACUCAUUUAAGAUGGUUGACCUCUGGAAUAUUCUUCAAGCGAGUAUGAUAUUUACAAAAACUCACGGCAACUAAAAAUAGCAUUGUAUAUUCACAACUCUAAAAGAUAAGAUCGGUGAUUGUGAACUAAAAGUGUUUUUUUCAACCAGCUUGACUUGGAACUAGGCCAGGGCAAAACACCACCAUAAGGCCUGGUCACCAUUAUCCAUUUUUUUCCACUGGAACAUCCAAGUCACGUAAACAUGGGGUCCUCACAACAUGGGUAGUUUUAUAUUAUUUGCCAUACCGAGCCGAAACCAAGCCAUGAAAUUCUGAAUUCACAAUAAUUUUUUGUCAGGCUCGGAGACAAGCAAGGCCAGGGGCAAAGUUAAUCAAUGUCGUUAUACAGUGGGUUCGUUAUCAGUGCACUGGCAACGAGACUCGUUCAGUGGCAUAGCUCGGUUUCUGCAGUGGCAGAACCUGGUGCCCCCUGAUCCACAUUGGGCCUGUUCGGUAUUGCCACGCUGCAGCUCGGUUGUAGAGUACAGGUGCCCCUCACUUUAUGCGGUAGUAGAUGCGGUCCAAAUAAAGGGCGCAAAAAGGCACGAGACAGCUGUCUGCCAAUAAGGGCACACAGUACACACAAUGUUGUCUCAAGUCCGAUCGCAUAUCCACAGACGAGUUAAUUCAAACCACAUCUCGAAUUUUGGGUAGAAAUAGGUUAGCCGCAUAUAUGCGAAAUCACACAAACUGAACCCGCAUAAAGAAAGGGAAACCUGUUUACGGAGGCCAGGUCACCUCUGGACCAAGCUAUUGGAAGCUGGGUUCUGAGGCCAGAUCACCACGUGGCACCAAUGCCUAAUCUUCCUCCUCUCUCCAUUCGAGGCUUGUUAUUGUCAUGGGGAGGUGUGGAGUGAUCACCAAGAGUCUUGCGACUACAGCAUGAGGCAGAGCUCACACCGGGUUUCUAUCCCCAGCUUUAAACCUCUUUGCCCUGUCCGGCCGUUUGUUAUAACAAACACUGCAGUGGCUUCUCCAGGAUGAUAAUCUCAGCUGGGAGGGACAGGGCCGUCCUCUCCUCUCCACCGCCAUCACGAGGCACAACUUAUUUGGGAGAAUAUGGCACGUUACACGUUAUAUGCGUCCGGGUGAUUCAUGUCUUUGUUAUGAAACGCUGUUUACAGAUCUGCCACUUGUUUUUAUUGGGUGCGCUAUUUAUACCGGCGUUUCCAAGAUUUGCCCGGGUGCGAUGGUGAGGUGUUGUGCCAGCGGUAUCGCCGCCGUGGCUGAUGAGUGACUCAACAGCUGCGUACUCCGAGACGCUUCCGUAACAUGCCGUGUCGCGUGACUUUCACUUUAAUAAACACUUGUCAUUAAAA